GGGUCCGUCGCGUGAAGCAUUCAGGUUUCCAGGAAAAAGAGAUGGAGGAGUCGCAGUUUGUUAUUUGAGCGAUUCGUGAAACAAUAAUAAGCAAAAAUUAUUAAUCGAUCGUAAAAAAAAAAAAAAAUCCUCCCGGUUAAUCGACAUGUUCACGGACGAGGCGCUGGAUUGUGUGAGUGUCGCGUCAGUUUGGAGGAAAAGUCAACAGAGCGAGAGAGAAACGAGAGCGUGUCAGACCAGAGCGGUGCACAGCGCCGAGGCCGAGGUCCAGACCGGGACCACGACCGUCGCCUGCACACAGACCGAGCCACUGGACCGGACCACGGAGCGGAUCCUCCAACAGAACCCUGGUGACCCGGAGCCGCCGGGCCUCAAGGACUUCCUGCUGCGAGCUGAGGAGGCGGUCAGUGGAGAGCUGGUGAGAAACAGCAGGAGUCACGCGUUCGACGGUUUCCAGGUGAACUGGGACGAACGCAGUGAGCAGAUUUCCCGUCUUCAUCUGCUUAAACAUCCUGUGGCUCAGGACAAAAGUCUCCAUGUGACCAGCGUGUCGUGGAGCUGCACAGGUUCAGUCGUCGCCUGUGGUUACGGUCGGAUCGACGACGGAGACUGGAGAACCGAGAGUUCGUACGUUUGUACGUGGAAUCUGGAUCGACGAGGUCUCGACGCCAAACAGGCCGACGUGGUCAUCGACGUUCCGACAGCCGUCACUGCUCUCUGCUGCCACCCCUGUCAGCCUGCACUCAUUGCAGGGGGUCUGUACAGUGGGGAGGUCCUGGUCUGGGACUUCAGUCGGUCUCAGGAUCUGGUUCUGGCUCAGACUGGUAUGUCAGUAAACAGCCACAGGGAGCCGGUUUAUCAGGUGGCCUGGGUGCCUCUGCAGAAGAAGGGGGAGUUUGGACUUGUGAGCGCCUGCUCAGGAGGACGCGUCCUGCUGUGGACGUUGGACUCUGAGCAGAGCAGCUUGGUCCUGAGCGCCGCCUACGCCCUCGUUCCUCAGCAGGUUCCUCACGGCAGCGACGUCCGCUUCAAGGCUCGUGGCAGCAGCAGCAGUGUGGGCGUCACCUCUCUGUCUCUGUCUCCCUGGGACGGGGACACCUUCCUCGUGGGGUCAGAGGGCGGACUCCUGCUCAGAUGCUCCUUCUGCGCUCAGACUCCUGCGGCCGUCGCCCCCGACGACCAUGGCCUGACGCUCAGGGCUCCGGCCGUCUUCUCCUUCAGACCCUGCAGUGGACCCAUCCACUCUGUCCACUGCUCACCUUUCCACAGGAACUUGUUUGUCAGUGCAGGGACAGACGGUUUGGUCUACGUCCACUCUCUGCUGCAGGUCAACCCUCUCGUGUCUCUCCGGGUCUCAGACUCGUACGUGUUCCAGGUGCAGUGGUCUCCCAGCAGACCUCUGGUGCUCGCUGCAGCCACUGGACAAGGUGAGGUGCAGAUCUUCGACCUGAGUCGUAGGUCGCAGAGGGCGGCGGCCUCCAUCUCGCAGGACACAGUGGGAGGAGCCGCCACGUGUCUGGACUUCAACGGUCAGAAUCCUCGUCUUCUGGCCGUGGGACACACGGAUGGGACGGUCGCCGUUUGGCAGCUGAGCGCAGACUUGACGGAGCAGAAACCCAGAGAGAGCAGUCAGCUGGAGCAGAUAGCCAAUCAGGUGGCAGAAUGACAGAUGGGUCACUGCCCCCCCCCAUCCCCCCAAAAACUGAGAAUAAAGACUUUAUUUAUUAUUA